CCGCCCCCGCCCCGCCCCCGCGGCCCGGCGCCUCUGUUGCCGUUGCGGCCGGGGCGGGGCAGGGCCGCCGCUUCCUCCCUGGCGGGGCCGGGGUCGCCCCGCCCCGCCCGUGGCGUGCCCGGUCUGCCCGGCGCCCUCAGCAUGCACGGCGCGCUCGCCAUCCCCGAGGACGUCCGCAGCCUCCUGGCAGAUGUAGACAUAUUUAUUUCGCAAACCCUAAAAGGAGAAAAUCUAUCCAAGAAAGCAAAGGAAAGAAAGGAUGUGCUUCUUAAGAAGCUAAAAGAUGUUAAGGCAAGCUAUCCUCAAGAAUUCCAGGAUAAAGAACUGGAAGAUGAGGAAGAGUCUGAGGGCUCUUUUCCUUCACCUCCUGACAGUGUCUCAAUAGCAUCUGACCGAUACGAUAAAGAGGAUGAAGCACCCUCUGAUGGGAAUCAGUUUCCUCCUAUUGCAGCUCAAGAUCUUCAGUUUGUUCUGAAGGCUGGAUACCUUGAAAAGCGCAGAAAAGACCACAGCUUUCUCGGCUUUGAAUGGCAAAAGCGUUGGUGUGCUAUCAGUAAGACAGUCUUCUAUUAUUAUGGAAGUGAAAAAGACAAACAACAGAAAGGUGAAUUUGCCUUAGAGGGCUACACCAUCAGAAUGAAUAAUAGCCUUCGGAAGGAUGCAAAGAAAGAUUGCUGUUUUGAAAUCUCUGCUCCUGAUAAGCGCAUUUAUCAGUUUACAGCUGCCACUCCCAAAGAAGCAGAGGAAUGGGUACAGCAAGUCAAAUUUGUAAUUCAAGACAUGGAAUCUAAUACUAUUCCUGAGGAGGAGGCAGAGGAAGAAGAAUAUGAUGAUGUUGCACAAAUGAGCAGUGAACCAAUAGAUGACAGUAUUUAUGAAGAACUUCCAGAAGAAGAAAGUGUUCCUCCAAAGACUGAAGUGCUAAGAAAACCGAGCCAGGAGACAAUUACCAUCGUUUCAGAUGAUAAAAAUACCGAUUAUGCUAAUUUCUAUCAAGGUUUGUGGGACUGCACAGGAGAUGUACCUGAUGAGUUGACAUUUAAACGUGGUGACGUUAUCUACAUUCUCAGCAAGGAGUACAAUAGAUUUGGCUGGUGGGUAGGAGAAAUGAAGGGAACCAUUGGCUUGGUGCCUAAAGCCUACAUAAUGGAGAUGUAUGAUAUUUGAGAGGCCUGGGAGAAAUCUGCAGUUGAAGCAAGAGCGGUGUGCAGCUGCAGUUUACAGACCCAGCCUCCGAAAGAAGAUUCUGCCGUACACAUUUUGUGGUUUCGGUGAAUGUAGUCAGAUCACUGCCUUGUAUAUAUUAAACAUUAAAAACCGUAAUUGAUCAUCAUUUUGAGGAAAUGUUCAUCUUACUUUUUAUAGAAUUGUAAUGCUAGGAAAUGAAAUAGAUGAUAAUUAACAUGUGGGGCACAAGCAGUCAAACAGUGCCUGUUGCUUUUUGCUUAAGCAUAUUAGCAGCACUCCAUAUUUUUAUAGGUUUGUGUUGUUUCAGUGAACUUGGCUAACUUUGAAAGUAGCAAAUUAUUAUUCACUUCAUGCAUGUGUUAAUCUUUUGAUGUAGCAGUUCACAGUGAAUUUUGUGAGUAGAUGCUUAAGAAAAUCAAAGGAAAUUCCUAUGUAAUAAUGUGAGUCUUAAAGAUACUAUGCUUCAAAGUGAUUAUUUUUAAAUUUCAACAAUGAUUUAUUUUUUCAUGUAUUUUUCAUAUUGUUAAUGUUAAUAUUUUGUUAUCACAAAAUAAAGGAUUGGCUCCUUUGCUAAUGUAAAUCAGCUUAGUUGGUAAUACUGCUGUGACACUAUUCUGCCAUGCAAACAUGAAUCGUGAAAAACUGGCAAAAGACAGUGUAUUAAGAAAGACCUAUUUUUUGGUAAACCGACAUGAGAUAAACAGCAAGUGAGAGUGAUUUUGUCAGUGAUGGUGAUGAAAUAUUCUUUUUACCUGUUGCUUACAGAUACUUCCACAGUGUCAAAUCUGGAUACCUUGUUUGUAUGUGGAAACUCUGGUACAAGUUAUGCAACAGACUCAGUUCAGCGUUGUGGUUAACGAGGGCUGGCUACAGCCCUAGCAGUACCAAGUCUAGAACUUUGUGGCAAAAAGCAUCAGUCGAAAUGUUAAAACAAAAAGCUCACUAAAAUAUUCUCACUGGUGGACAAGGGAUUGGCUGGACAAGUCAGAGUUAAUGCUUUAAAUCCUCUUUUUUGGGGGGAUGUGUUUUGCUGUUAGCAUUUAAGAUCAACUUUUUUGAAUCCUCCCACACACUUGAUUUGUGAGACCCUUAAUCUGCCAAAGAGGCAGGUCAAGCCAGUGUGCGAGUUGCUGAGCCUGUGCAGGUCCCCUUGUAGCUGCUCGUGCUGUUUAUGCUUCAGGCAGGCCCUGGAAACUGUAUGGGUUAAAAGGUAACAUUAGUCUAAACUCAGAAUUAGAUCCUUCUAACAAGCUAAGAUGUUGUGCUUUAUUUUAACUAAUUUAUUUUACUUUCUGGUACACCGAAUUCUAACAGGAGUCAAACAGGGCAGAGAGCUUUCUUACAAUUUUUCUUAAAGAAAUAGUCAUUGAAAUUGAUUCUGUAUGUUAUCUGUGAGGCAUUAAAAUGAUAGAUUAUAGUCUUCAGAUCUUUUACUACUUUAAUUUAUCAAGUGUACUUUUGGAUUGUGUACAGAAUGUGAAGCGUUAAUAUCAUGGCUAUAAAAGCUCCUUCUCUCUUGUUAACAUGGCAGCAUAAUAAAUCUGCACACCGAAAUGUCUCUCUAUUAAUUAUGUAAUUCAGAAUGCCGCCGCCACCACCUACCCUCCGUGUGGCAAAUUCCCUUCUGCCGAGGCUCGGUGUAGCUCUUCCUGCGUGGCACGUUGAAAUUUCACCCUGGAAAGUCAGACGAGCCGGCGGUACAGUUAGCGUUCAGAUACAGGCAGGCCUCGGCCUCCGAUUUCGCUUCGCGAUGCCCGAGCGCAGCGCGGAGCCGGGCCGGGGCCGGGGCCGGGGCUCGGCCCUACGCGGCGGCGGCGGGCGGCGCUGGGCACUGCGGUGGCUCGGCAGUAGAUGGCAGCAAAUUUUCGUAGCACGGGAGGAGCUGGAAACCCUUCCCCCUCCGGCGGCUCCCGCACGGGCUGCGGCGCAGAGCGGUGGGAGCCCCGCAUCCGCUUUUGCUGUUAUUCCAGGAGAGGGAGUCCUUACCCAAGUGAUGAGUAGCAGGCUUGCGGGGCUCUCCUCCUCCGGGGUGGUGGCAAAAAGAGAAAUAAGGUGUCUUUUGUCUAUAGUUCUCCUGGCCUUUAGGUCUCUCCCCGCCCCCCUUUAGUACAUACAGGGGGUAAGUAAGCAAGCUGCCUUAAAAUUCAGAACGUGACAGAAAGAUGUGCUGAAACUUGCUUGAGGUGUCUUGGAAUAAACCAGCAAUGGACCACAGAUAAACUGUUUACUUUAAGUCCUUGCAAAUACCAUAACCUUUUUUGGAUAAGCAAACCUCCAUUAAUACAACUUCAACAAAUCUCAAUGUUAGAAAAUGCUAAUUGCUUUAUUUUCAUUGUUUACCUAUGUUCCAUUCCCCUUUCUGGGACAGAAGGACAGCUAAUUUUCUUAAAAAGGUGAUUGUAAGUCAUAUUUUGUAGAGCAUUUUACUUGAUUAUUUGCUCUGUUCUGAAUUUGUACUGUACUGCCAUUAGAUCUUACAAUAAUGUUCUACUCUGCAAAUUUUUAAGGUUCAAAUAAAGUUUAAUUGUUUGCAAACUGU